UCGAGUUUGGAGGCGAGUGCGCGCGCGUGUGAUGCCAUCAGAUUCACAGAUGUUGGAGUGGAAGCGGAUGGGUGUUUGGGAAUGAAGAAUACUCCAAGGCGAAAUCGGAAUUGAAAUCGGAAUCUUCUUCCUGCACUGCUGCAUCAAUCUUCAAUUGCUAUCCAUUGAUGUUCCUCUCCCUUGCCCUUGCCCCCACAGUCAUUAUAUCUAUCGCCACCCGCAUCCCCUUUUCUCCUUUUCCUUAGGGCUGGCUACUUUUCUCCCUUAUAUAUUCUACACCGCGUCACCUUCCCCGAAAACCCGAUUGUUCUCCCGGAAGAUCCAGUGUGGUAUCACGGUGUUGAGGUUUCAUCUCGUCAGCCCAGUCUGUACUGUAGCCGAUUGAUGUUUUUUGCUUCUUUUGUCCUCCUGCCAGGAAUUUCUCGUGUUUGGACUUUGCUGCAACGAAUGGGAAUUUCUUACCGAGAAAGGAUGUCAUUCAAAGUUUCACUCUGAAUAAUUAUUAAUAUAUCAUUCAAAAUCGAUUUGCUGUUAUAUAGAUAUCUUCUAAAAUGGACGAUGGGGAGCUUGAUUUCCCAAGUGAACAGAUGUUGUCAUGCUUGGAUAUGACUAAUGCUCAGAGCAGCUGCUCUUUUGACAUAGAUGAGUUUCUAAGCCGAACACAGUCCUGCAAUGAUGCUCUUGGCAGGACAGAGGCUUAUACCGAUGUUCUUGGGCGAACACAGGCCUGUACCCAUGCCCAUGCCUGCAACCCCUCUGGCCCUGACAAAUCCCACACCCAUACUUGUAUUCAUGUUCACACUCAAAUUAUGCCCUCCCCUAAUGAAACUCAGGCCCCCACUCCCAGUGAUGACACUGCUGAGUCAGUGGAGAAGAAAUCCAAAAAGAGACCUUUGGGCAACCGUGAAGCUGUGCGCAAAUAUAGGGAAAAGAAGAAGGCAAGAACUGCUUCAUUGGAGGAUGAAGUUGUGAGAUUGAGGGAAAUGAAUCAGCAGCUAAUGAAGAGGUUACAGGGGCAGGCUUUGCUGGAGGCUGAAAUUGCUCGACUGAAGUGCCUGCUUGUGGACAUUAGGGGAAGAAUUGAAGGGGAGAUUGGUUCCUUCCCUUACCAGAAGCCAAUCAAGAGUGGAGAUAUCUAUCAGAGUGUUGCGAAUCAUAACCUUCCUGGAACUUAUGUGAUGAAUCCAUGUAACAUGCAACGGAAUGAUCAGCUUUACUGCCUUCACCCAGGAUCAGAAACUGCACUGAAUAGUCAAGGCCUUGGAGAUUGUGGAUUUGACAGCCUUCAAUGUUUGGGAAAUCAAAAUUCUGAUCCAAAACAACUGUCGGAUUGUGGACUGGCUAAUGUUAGCAUUCCUUCUACUGCAAAUGCUCCCAGCAGCAAUAAGAGAAAAGGUGCAGGUGCUCCCACCAUGGGUAACUGAGAAAGAAAGAGGAUAGCCUGAUGGGAGAGAGCAAUAGUAUUUUGACUGCGGACUACAGUCCCAUUCUUUACUAGUAGUAACCUCGUUGGUUAUGCUCGGAUUAUGUUGGUUGAUUCUAUGUAUAUUAAGUUUCUUUUUGUUGCUGAGGAUGACCCAUGGCAAGGUUAGGUAUUGUAUUACCGGAGGGCAUGUUCCCAUUUGAUGCACAUCUUGACAGCUAAGAGAAUCUAUUUCAUUUCA